GGGGGGUCCUUGUGAUGUAAACAAGGGUCCUCGAAGAAAAUAUACGGAGAUAAGCCCCACAAUGGUAACCUGAGCAAAGAGAAGAAAAUGAAAAUACCAAAAAGGAAGCUGUUUCUUUUAAUUAUUUUUGCAUAUGUCGCCUUUUCGCUCUACGCCGCUUAUAAUGUGUUCUUCAGCAACAAAGUAAUCUCCCGCGUUCACAGGGUGGUGAAGAAAACGAGCAGCGCGCCAGCGGGUGGUGUCAGAGAUGGCGGAGCCCCGUUUGUGGCGGAUGACUGGAAUCCGUGGGAGGACGAGGAAGUGGAGUACAACUCUGCCUUGAACAAGAAGAGAAAGGCCUUCAAACAGUACAUGGCUCACAUCGACAGGAACAAACCCAAAAGAUACAAGGUUCAAAUCUGGGGCAAAGCUGCCAUUGGGCUGUACCUUUGGGAACAUGUUUUAGAAGGACCCCUUAACCCAACUGACAAGGUAGCACAGUGGAGGGAAGGAGAGCUUCAGUCAGGAAAAGUCGACUUCAGUUUUUACACCGGUCCAGCAGUGGUUCAGGGGCACGUUCCCCUGGAAAUGAACAGCCUGGUAUUGGUUCUCAACGGCCGUGAACAGCAGAAGGUCUCUUACUCCAUGAGGUGGCUGGAGCACGUUCAAGCUCUGGUUCAGUCCAACACGGUGUCUCACGUGGCCGUGGUCCUGCUGGGCAACGAGCGGUGCGACAACGACUGGAUCGCCCCCCACCUGAAGAGAAACGGCGGCUUUGUAGAUCUGCUGUUCCUGAUCUACGACAGCCCGUGGGUUAACGACAAGGAUGUCUUCCAGUGGCCCCUCGGUGUAGCCACAUACAGAGAGUUUCCUAUGAUCAGGCCUAACGCACAGCUGAUAACCUCCAACCGGCCAUACCUCUGCAACUUCCUGGGCACUGUUUACAAAAAUUCCUCCCGGGAAGUCCUGAUGAAUGUGCUGAAGCAGUCCGGCCUAGAUAACGAAUGCCUCACCACUGCCAGGGAAAAGUGGGUUCCUCAGGAAACAGCCGACAGUCUGAGGCAGUACCAGACAGCUCUGGCCCAGAGCGAGCUCACUCUCUGCCCGGUCGGGAUCAACACAGAGUGCUACCGCAUCUAUGAGGCGUGCUCGUACGGCUCGGUGCCCGUGGUGGAAGAUGUUCUCACUCCUGGGAACUGCGCAGCGGGUCCCAGCUCCCCGCUGCGGCUCCUGAAAGCAGCCGGGGCGCCCUUCAUCUUCGUCAGCGACUGGAGAGAGCUGCCGGCCAUCUUGGAGAGGGAGAGAGGGAUGAGCCAGGAGCAGCGGGUGGACCGGAGGAGGAGGCUGCUCGAGUGGUACUCCGGUUUCCGUCAGCAGAUGAAGGAGAGGUUCACUGAGGUCAUCGAAGAGAACUUCUUCAAAACUGUCUGACUGGCGCUCUCACAUCUCAACGUGAUUAAAAUUAUCGACCUGUAUGUCUUUCUUUUGUUGGUGGCAAAAAACGUGAUGUACUACUGACAUAGUGAACUUGGUGAUGUGCAGUGAUGUACUCUGAGACUGGUCUUUUAAAAAAAAUCCAUUUCUCCUGUGGUUAGAUCGUAAAACAUGCCGUUAUUAGUAUUCUGUAUAUUUUUAUUGAAAUGUUUACAGCUAUGGAAUGUACAGGCAUUAAAACAUCGUCAAUUGUAUACUGCCUUUGCAUUUCAGAGUCCGUUUCUCGUUUUAAUGAUUACUUUUUUUUUCUUUGUUUUUAUGCACUGGAAACUGUGAUUUAUGAAACAUACUAAACAUGGGGGGGGGGGGAGGACAAUUAAUGAGGGCACAAAAAACUUUAAAUACGGUUCACUUUUAUAUUAUGAAAAGCUUAGAGAUGAAUGUUAUUGAUGUCUCAUUUUUCUGAACGUAACUUACAUUGUUUUAUGUUGGGGUUAUAGUUUUGUCAUAUUUAUUUUUGUUCUGUCCUGCAUGGGCUUUUCAAAAAACGGUGCAAUGAAAUAAAGUGGAGUGUUAUGUAAAAA